UCAUGCCUCAGGACUACUACACCAAGAAUCUGGUUGGCCUCUCAGGCGGACCAGCGCGUGCUGAAGGACUUCAUGGCGGAGAAGCUUCCUCGCCUGGCAUCUCACUUUGAGGAUCACAACAUUGACGUCUCUCUGGUCACCUUCAACUGGUUCCUGGUGGUUUUUGUGGAGAGUCUGCCCAGCGACAUCCUGAUGCCUCUGUGGGACGCCUUCCUGUAUGAGGGUACCAAGGUGAUCUUCAGAUACACUCUGGCUCUGUUCAAAUACAAAGAGGACGACAUCCUGAAGAUUCACGACAGCGUGGAGAUCUACCAGUACCUACGCUUCUUCACAAAGACCGUCUCCAAUGCCAGGAAGCUGACCAGCAUCGCCUUCAACGACAUGAACCCAUUCCCCAGCCGGCUGCUGAGGAACCGGCGAGUGCUCCACCUGGAGCGCCUGCAGGCGGAGCUGCGUGAGCUGGAGGAGCAGCACAAGGAGGUCAUCACCGAGAGCGUCGUACGGAAAGACAAAGAGCUCGACGUCAUGGUGAGCGAGGACGACGAGGACCUCUGAUCACACGGGACGCUUCAGCUGCUCACUUCGAGACGACGAUGAGUUUUCCAUGAGUUCAAGAGAAUUUUACUAAACCGGCUGUUAACUGGUUUCCUUCACACCAAACACAGGAUUGUGUCAGGUUCACCAUCUCUACUAACACUACAAGGAAACAGACGCAUACAGAUUUAACUGCAUCACAUCUCUGAAACAAGCUUGCAGUAAACAAAUGUGUACUGUGUUCACGUGUGUAAUAAGUCAGGCUGCAGAAAUGUGCAGAUGUAUUUCAGUGAAUUCAUUUGGAUUAAUAUGUGAUAGCUUAUUUAUUUCAUUGCAUCUUUUGCUUUAUACCUAAAAAUGCGUGACAUUUCUAAAUGUAGUCACAUCCCUAUGAAACAUGGUUGAUUAUCAGCUGUAGUCACAGCUGGUGAUAAAGUAAUUAAAAUGUCCAGCUAUUCAAAAAUAGGGCAUUCUGCACAAUGAGUACUUUUUGGUACUUGAAGUAUAUUUUGAUGCUGAUGCU